AAACAGUAGUAUUGAAAUCACCAGCUACAAUAAUUGGAGAAGAGGGAAUAGGAGGAAAUGAAUGCCAGAAAGAACGGUUAAGAGAGAAAUUUGCAGGAGCAUAUAUGUUUCUCAAAGUAAAAGAUAAAGAAGAUGAAGAAAUAGAAAUGUCCAUAAUGCGUUGA